CUGGAUGUCUUCCCGCAGCCCUGCUGACCCUGCCCCUCCCCCGAGCCUCGGGGGAGCCCCCACCCGCUCCCUCGGCACCAGCUGGCCUAACCCUGAGCAGAUCUGCGCUGCGGCUCCCUCCUCCCCCGUCCCCUCCAACCCUCCCCCUUCAUCCCCUCCCCCUCUCUCCCCAUCCCUCCCCCGCUCUCCCGUGGGUGCUGCGGGCGGGGCGCGGGGGCUGCUCUGCAGGCAGGCGCCGGGAGAGAGGGAGGCAGGCAGAGUCCGGGACUAGGACGCACUGCCGGCGGGACGCACGGAGGGGACGCCCGGCCGGCGGGCAGCCUGCGGCCGGACUGACGGACGCGCAGGCGGGGCGCCCCGGGCCGGGCCAUGGCGUGGCCCUGCAUCAGUCGCGUGUGCUGCCUGGCUCGCCGCUGGAACCAGCUGGACCGCUCGGAUGUGGCCGUGCCGCUGACCGUGCACAGCUACUCGGACAUCGAGGACCCCCCGCCACCGCCGGGCCCCCCCCCGGCCCGGCCCCCCGGCUCCCCGGGCCCGCCGCUCACCCAGUACCAGCGGGACUUCGGCGCCCCGCGCCGGGACCCACAGCCCUGGCCCCGACCCGGCCCCGGCCCUGGGGGGGGCCGCCGGGAGCGAGACCGGGAGCCCCCGGCGGCCACAGGCGUCUAUGUGCUUCCGGGGGGCAAUGGGCUCGAGGCCAGCGACGGGGACCCCCGCUUUCUGAGGCUCCGUGCCCCCGCCGACGCCGCCCCCCUGCCGGUCACCACGUCCUACAGACAGGAAUACCGGCCCUGGCCUGGCACCAAGCCUUCAAGACCUGUAAAGACCAAACCAACCUCUGUCAUCGUCACUGACUACACUGUGAGGGAGAGCAGCCAUCGGGCUGACUUCAAGGUUCCAGAAGGAAGGAGAAAGUUCUCUCCUAACCCUUCCGCUGUCUUUCAGGCCUCGCCUGCUCCUAUUCUGCACGUGUGACCCUCCACACCUGCCCAUUCUGGUGGCAGGAGGGCAGAGGUGGCAAAGAGGAGAAGUGUGCUUAUGGCAGCUGUGAUGCAGCCCGGGGGCGUCGGCAAGGGCACACCCCCUUGGGUCCUGGCCUGUGGAGAGCCAAUGGUCAGAAAGCGGCCACAGCACACCUGUCUAUGCCAACACAUGCUUACACUGUUGGGAAUAUCCCUGGCCUUGCUGGGACCAGGCUCCAGUCUCCAUGGCCCAGGAUUUCUGUUCACAACUGACCAAACCUACUUGUGGGCAGUGGCUCGAGAGUACCUGCAUGGAACGCAGGAAAGAUGUUCUCCAAUCAACAAAGCAAGCCGUGGAGAACUCUGCUCCUCACGUCUCCCCUACACUCCCCGACUCUGCUAUUUUUCAAAGGCUCGACACACCAGGAAUUCCACCCUCAUUUCAAAGCCAGGAAGGGGCCUGAGCUUUCUUAAAGAGCACAUUUGAACCAGCCUUCAUUUCUGAAAUCUGGAGGAAGGAGCAAGAAGGGAUGGAUCCUGCCUUGGGUGGAUGUAUUCUGAACCACCGGAGGACUCCCCAGGAUCAGCUCUGGGGGAUUUUUACUCCCUCAUUCCCCAAGAUCUCUGCUAAUUUCUUAGGGAUUUUCCACAACAGAGACAGUGGCCAGUUCUUUUUGCCCCAAGGAAAAGCGCUUGGCUUUUCUGAUCAACGACUCUCUGCACAUGCACAUUGUACAAUAAAUGUAUUAUUGCCUUGAAACUCUUAUUUAUUGCCUGCGUGUUAGUUAAGUGAAUCCUAAAUAACCAGAAAUAAUUUCCCUAAAGCAGUAGAAUGACAUUCAUGAAGCUAUAUUUUGGAAGAUGCCCAUCUUAAAUUCCCUUUUGGACAAGAUGUAGUUGGUUUU